GUCCUCUUCCGGAAGUUGAUGACGAAGUUCCGAGUGUCACUUAGACAAGAUGGCGGCGCCCAUGGAGCUGUAUUGCUGGAAAGGGGACGCAGGGUUGCCGUCAGUAGACGUGGAUUGUUUGGCUGUGCUGACCUAUGCAAAGUUCUCUGGAGCUCCCCUGAAAGUGCAUAAGAUAUCAAACCCCUGGAGAAGUCCAUCAGGUUAUCUUCCAGCACUAAAGACACAAGACGAUGGAGUUGUGUUCCAAACCAACAGAAUUAUUACUCACCUCAGGAAGCAGAAAUACAAUGCAGACUAUGACCUCUCAGCCAAACAAGGAGCUGACACUUUGGCAUUCAUGUCCCUGAUGGAGGAGAAACUUUUACCGGCACUAAUUCACAGUUUUUGGAUUGAUGCAAAGAAUUAUGUGGAGUAUACACGGAAGUGGUAUGCAGAAGCAAUUCCUUUCCCCCUCAACUUCUUCAUUCCCAACCAAAUGCACAAGAGACACCUGGAACGACUGCAGCUGAUUCGUGGAGAGGGGUGGCGGGAGGAUGAUGAGAGCCUGGAAAAACAGCUGUACAUAGAUGCACAGGAGUGUAUGACCCUCCUCUCACAGAGACUGGGAACACAGAAAUUCUUCUUUGGUGACUCCCCUGCCUCAUUGGAUGCCUAUGUCUUCAGCUAUUUAGCCCCUAUAAUGAACACCAAACUGCCGAGCAAUAAGUUACAACAACACUUGAGAACUCUAAACAACCUGUGCCAAUACUGCACCUCAAUUCUCAGCAUCUACUUUGAUUGUAAUGGAGAUGGACUUCCUCGUGUUUUACCAAGGACGCCAACAGCAGAGGCUCAGGAAUCCGAGGACGAGCCUCACAAAAGGCGCAACCAGAUUCUCUCGGUAUUAGUGGGACUAGUGGCCAUGAUUGGAUAUGCAAUGCUCAGUGGAAUAGUGUCCAUCCAACGGGUGGAAAAUGGUAAUGCUCUGAACCAAGGCAAUGCAAUGGAAGAUAAUGAAGACGAAGAUGAAUGAGAUAAUAUAUAUUUUUUUUAAUAUUUGCUCCUUUUGAACACUUUGCAUUCCUUUACAAAAGAGAUGGGACAUCUGCUGCCUAACCUAUGAAUUGUUUUUUUUUAUGCAUUAAAACACAUAUGGUUUGUG